AUGAACAAGGCUCUUCUCUUAAAGUGGAAGUGGCGAAUCCUUACGAAAAAAGAUGUUAUUUGGAGGAGUUUCUUAGAUUUGAGAUAUUCCAAUCCAAGACUUAAGGUGCUAGCAAACAAUGGUGAUUUCAUUAGUAAGGAAGAUUCUAUUUGGUGGAGAGAUGUCAUGACAAAUAACAUCAACAUAGGAGGUAUGGAGGAAGGAUUCUCUAGUUUUGUCAAAUGUAGAGUAGGAAAUGGUAAAAAUAUUCUCUUCUGGGAUAGUAUUUGGUUGGGAAAUCAAACAAUUCGAGCCUCUUUUCCCGAUUUGUAUGAUCUUUCAACCAAAAAACUAUCGUCGGUUGAAGAUAUUUUUCACAAGCAAGGUGACAUUCAUAGUUGGCGCGCUGAAAGUGUGAUAGGAGGGAAUUCUGGCUCGGUUCAGGGACAGCAGCGGAACGUUUUUGUUGCUGCCAGCGACUCUGUUCAAGAUCAAUGGAGAAUUCUUCAUUCCAUGCUGCAGCCUAUCUCUCUGGCCGAAGAGGAUCUGGAUUCUUUUGUAUGGACUCUAAAUCCAUCAGGCCAUUUUAGCGUCUCUUCUGUUCGAUCGGUAAUGGAGGAAGCCAAAGAUUUAGCUUGGCAAUCUAACAUGGUCAGCUGGAUGAAAACUAUUUGGGCUCUAAAAAUUCCGAUAAGAAUUCAGGUUUUUUCAUGGAGAUUCUUGGCUGGUAGAUUACCUUUAAAAGAUCAGUUGCUUCGUAGGAAUGUUCCUAAUAUUGCUUCUGCGAACUGCCCCUUUUGCGACGUUCAAGCGGAAAAUUUGAAUCAUUUGUUCUUCGACUGCUCGGUGUCUAAAUCCAUUUGGGAAAGGAUUUUUGUCUGGUUGGGGGCUGUUCAGUUUCUAUCCCUUGCUGAUUUCAUAUCCUUCGGUGCAAUUCAGGAGAAAGUGAAGACAAAAAGCAUUAAGGCGAAGAGCAACAUUGUGUGGAUAUCAAUUAUUUGA